GGACAAGUCAAUAACCCUUCAUUACUGAAUUUUCUCAUUAGCAAUAUUUCAAUGUCAAAUGUUGGGACUGGUACACAUAAAGCAUUAAAGCGCAUGCGUGAUAUGUUUGGAGAAAGAGGCAGACCGGAAGUGCCGCAUAUUGGAGUUGUGAUUACUGAUGGUCUUUCUGUAAGUCCAUAUUUAACGAAAGAGGAAGCGAAACGCGUUCAUCAGGACGGGGUUGAAGUGUUUGCUGUCGGAAUCGAGGGCGACAAGACAUUUCAGACGGAACUGGAGUAUAUUUCCAGCAGCAAAGAUCAAGCUCUUCGCGUGUCCGACUUCGAUGAUCUUCCCGUCAAUUUGUCCUUGUCCAUAUGUUCCAUUGCAGCUCCUUCAUCAACACCAAGCACAACGGUCCUAACGUCCAGUAUAAUACCUGACAGAAUAGGAGAAUCGAGCGGCAAGAACGAUGGUGAGCUAUAUUUUUAA